AUGCCGCUCCAGGAGCGGCUGCUCGCUCUGGCCAAAACGCUGCAGUUUGCCUGGUUUGUUGGGCAUCUGACGCUCAUCAUGGCCACGAUGCGAUAUGGCUUCUCGUGGCUUCGCAUGAACUACUACGGCCGCAUGGCCCAGUUCUCGUACCGGACCUCGUUUGUUGCCGCCGCCGUCACCUACGGCAUCGUCGUCUACAAGACGCAGCGCGCGCGCGCAAAGACGGGCAACAAGAUGCCGGGCGGUGUCAUCGGCCUCUUCUCCGACGAGAACGUGCAGUACCUGCUCAUUGCCCUCGUCUGGCUCCUGUCCCCCCAGUAUCCGCUUGCGCUGCUGCCCUUCUGCGUUUACUCCGUCUUCCACGUCGCCACCUACACGCGCGCCAACCUUAUCCCCGUCUUUCAGCCGCCCCCUCCGGCCAUCGACGGCGCUGCUGCCCGGCCUAGAGUCAACAGCCCAAUGGCCGACAGGAUCGGGGCCUUUGUCAAGGAGUAUUACGACGCGUCCAUGUCCAUUGUGUCGGGGCUCGAGAUUCUGCUCUGGAUCCGCGUCCUGCUCUCUGCUGUCCUCUUCCAGCGCCGGUCGUGGAUCCUGCUCGCCCUUUACACUGCCUUCCUCCGCGCCCGCUUCUCCCAGAGCUCGCACGUGCAGAACUCGGUGUCGCAGCUCAGCGCCAGGAUCGACUCUCUGGUCGGCGCCCAGGGCACUCCCCCAGCUGCCAGGUCGGUGUGGGACGGCGUCAAGAACGGCGCCAGGCAGUUUCACGAUGCGACGGAUGCCAGCAAGUACGUCACCACGAGCGGCCCCGCCAAGAAGACGUCGUAA